UAAUGGCAGAAUAGGAGUAAUAAUAAGCACCACCCGCUCCAGAAUAAGAAUAAGCACCCUAAGCUGAGAAGAAAGGAUUCGGAAGAGGAGGAAGAGGAUAAAGAGAAAGAAGAGAAGGAGGAGCCCCAAGAUAAAAUAGAGGUCCCAGAAGAUUUGGUGGAGAAUAAGAGUGGACACCAUUAACUAAAUUAGGUAGAUUAGUAAAGGCAGGCAAAAUUAAGAGUCUUGAAACAAUCUUCCAAUUCUCUAUUCCCAUCAAGGGUAAUUCUAGAUUAUUUACAAAAUUUAGAAUAUUAAAUAGUUGAUCAUUUCCUUAAGACUUUGAAGGAAGAACCACUUGCACUAGGACCAGUUUAGAAACAAACUUGUGCAGGUUAAAGAACAAGAUUUAAGGCAUAUGUUGUAGUUGGAGAUAAUCACUAACAUAUUGGUUUGGGAUGGAAAUCAGCNCCUCCUUAAACAUUAGAGGAUACACCUUGUAAUCGUUAAAUGACUGACGGAAAAAUUGAUGGUAUUACAUAUUUAGGAGAAGGUGAAACUUUUAAUUCAAAAUUUUGA